UGGGGAAGCUAGCCCAGACUACUCGAUGACAAAUCGCCUGGGGACUGCUGGGGUCCGGCCCCUGGAGGAGGCAAAGGAGAGGGCGGGGCGGGUUUAAGAUCGGCGGGCCGGCUGCGGACGGCCGAGGCUGCGCCGGACGGAGCCCAGGAAAGUCAUUGUGAAAGUGAGUUCGCUUUGCAGAGUUUACCAGUUACCACGUGUCCUCUUGAGGCCUGUCAACCCAGGUGGAGAAGCAGGUUUCUUCCCCACGGUGUCCUGAGCAUCUGAGUACGGCACACUGGGCACACAGCUCUUCGACUGGGUAUUUCUGUCCGUGUGUCGCAAGCUCAGGAAACCAGCAGGAUGGCUGCAAACAAAAGUAAGAGCCAGAGCUCCUUGGCCCUUCACAAGGUCAUCAUGGUUGGCAGUGGAGGGGUUGGCAAGUCGGCCCUGACACUUCAGUUCAUGUAUGAUGAGUUCGUGGAAGACUAUGAACCCACCAAAGCUGACAGUUACCGAAAGAAAGUAGUUCUCGAUGGAGAAGAAGUCCAGAUAGACAUUCUGGACACGGCUGGACAAGAAGACUAUGCAGCCAUUCGAGACAACUACUUUCGGAGCGGGGAGGGUUUUCUCCUGGUGUUCUCAAUUACAGAACAUGAAUCGUUUACAGCAACUGCCGAGUUCAGGGAACAGAUCCUCCGCGUUAAGGCUGAAGAAGAUAAAAUUCCAUUGCUCGUGGUGGGAAACAAGUCGGACUUGGAGGAGCGGAGGCAGGUGCCGGUGGAGGAGGCGCGGAGUAAGGCGGAGGAGUGGGGCGUGCAGUACGUGGAGACCUCGGCCAAGACGCGGGCCAACGUGGACAAGGUGUUCUUUGAUCUAAUGAGAGAAAUCAGAGCAAAGAAGAUGUCGGAAAACAAAGACAAGAAUGGCAAGAAAAGCAGCAAGAACAAGAAGAGUUUUAAAGAAAGAUGUUGCUUACUGUAAACGCCAAGAUGCGGGAGGAAACCCGUCGCAGCUGAGGACACAGGGCGGGCGGUUAGGAGAAGACUGGGGUCCGCUUCUUGGUGUGUUCCCUGCUCACCCCGACUUCACUCAUGCAGACUUCUUACACGGGGAAGAAAACUUGUGAAUCAGUGGCUGGCAGGAGAAAUACUUCCUUGACUUUACAAUGGACCGGCUACUUUGUCAGGAGUUUGGGGGUUCCCUUCUUUCUCCCUCCCAGAAGUUACCUGCGUAUGUAGUGCUAGAGGUAGGAAAUAGUCCAGCGUUUAUUAAAUGAAAGAGGACUGUCGUACCAUCUCCCCUCACCCCCGCCCCAGUUUCAUGACAUUAGCAUCUUUUGUUUUGAAAUAAAAAUGUCUUAUUUUGUUAGGUUUUGGGAGAAGGGGUGGGGUAAGACUCCCCCUGCCCUUGUCAGCUUAACCGUAGUACUCCGAAAAAUCCAUUAAACUCUCAUGAUGCUGAAAAAUUCAAAGAUUUUUUUUUUUUUGGAUACAUUUCUUGGCAAUACCCAGUGGAUCUGAAUCAAUCAUAGCUAAAAAAAUAAAUUUGAAUUGGGCCAAAGAGGUCAAUACCCAGCUCAUAAAUCUUCUCCCAUAUGAAAAAUGUAAGUUGUAUUUUUUUUGUAUUUAAGUUCUGGCCCAUGAUAGGCUGUGUUGGCUAUUUUCCUCCUGUAGCAUCCUGAGUUUUGUGUAGGAGCUUCUUUUUAAUAGACUAAGUGAAGACUCAAGAGUAGUAUACUUUAUAAAUGAUACACUUUUCUGAUCAGAUUUUUAAACAAUUCUUUUUGCUAAAUCCUCUGCUAAUUGCCAGUCCUAUGGGUAGGCCCCUCCUUCUCCAACCAGUAAUAACACAUUCUGUCCUCCUGAUCAGCUUCUCUUUGCACACUGAGGUGGGAAAACCUCUUCUUUUGUUUCUUUAAGUGGAACAUGAGUUCUUCAAAAGAAUGUGAUGAGUUAAAAUUGUAUUCUAAAAUCAUGAAGCCAUAGCCUGUGCCAGACAUUCUACCUCUCAUAGAAUUGCUGAGUAAUUCUAAAUUUAAAAUUAGAAGUGGGAAAGGAUAAGUCAUUGCCCCUUUAUCUCUGAGAAUUGGCUGCUAUUUCUAAUAUUUUUUUCUGAGCCAGCCAUAUAGUUAGGAAAAGAUUUUUAUUGUGAGAUAUUGUUAAUCUUCCUUGAAUCGAUAUUCCAAUUCAGCAAUCAGAAAAUUUUCCAUCAGGAAAAGAGUGCUGUGAUAAAAACCCAGCAUUCACAUUUUUUCCCCAUUUUUCAGAAGUGACAUUUUACACACAGGUGCCAAAAAUGAAUUGGGGUGGAGAGAACAGGAAUCUUUGAAAUUUAUGGUUACUAUAGAAAUUGUAGAAAUUAUGAGCUGACUGGAAAAAAUCUUGUAUCACCUCCCAAAGAACAAUGGGCUUUUGAAUUUAAAAAAGCAGACAAAUAUACUUUUUCAGGAUUUCAACCUUUUUUCUUUAUCCUUUUGUCAUACAUGUGAAAAAUGCAAGUAUUAAAGAAAUUGACAGUAUGUUAUUCAUAUUGUUCUUGUUUGAUGUUCGGCAAUAGCAGAAAAACUUUUACUUCAGUUAAUCCUUUACAUUGGGCUGUGGGAAAUAAAAUGACAAGUACAAACCUUGAUGUUAAGUUCAUCUUUCCUUUGGGAGAGAUGACUACCCUUCUUAAAAUUGAAAGAGUCGGAGAUAAUCACACUCUUGAAUUUUUGACACAACCUAGUUCUUUUCAUCCUAGUUUGCCACCUGUUUGAAAUCAGUUCCAGUCAAGAGUCGGUGGAUUUGGAAUAUGUACAAAUAAAUUAAAGAUGGUAUGAAUUAUUUCAUGCUAUGGAAAUUAUUCUUGGUAUUAGUAUAUGCUAUUAGUAUGUGUCAAAAAUUAUAUUUAACUGAAUAGCAAUCAGAAAUGGAUCUUGCUAACAAAAUUUAUACAUGUGAGAGUCUUUUCCAUAGAAAAUUAAGGAAGAAAUGUUAUUUAUAAACGUGAAGCAUAGUUACUUGCUAAAUCAUUAGCCAUUGUGUCCAUAGCUUAGCAUUGUUUUCCUAAAGUAUUCGUUCUAGAAAUAUGCAAGCAUGUGCUUCGUGUCAGGGACUAUUCUACGUGCUGGGAUGUGUUGUUGAACUAGGUGGACACGCUCUCUACUCUCCUAGAGCUAAUGCUUUAGUGAGGAAAGAUACAAAUAACUGAAAACAUUAGGGCAAGUGCUUUGCUGAAAAUAAAACGGUAACAUGAUAGGAAAUGUUUCUGGGCAGUAGAACUGCUUUCGUUUGUAAGCGUCUCCAAGGGGGUGACAUUUAAGCUGAGGAAGGAGCCGGCCAUGGGAGGAGCUGGUUGGUGGGUGUGGGAACCUUUCAGGCUAGAGAACAGCUGGUCCAGAGGUCCUGAGAUGUUCAGGAAAAGACCCCGAUGGCCAGCGUAUGGCUGGAAUAUAAUGAGGGAGAGGCAGAGUAAUAGAAGAUGUAA